UAUUACAUUUGGAGUUUUGUGAAUUUGUGAAACCUCUCUCAAUAGGUUAAAAGAGAGAUCGGUUCAUGUUCUCUCCUCUCUCUCUCACGUGUUUAUCCAUUUUCACUCGACUCCCCAAACAACAGAGACCAAUCUGACAAACGGGAAGGUGAUGUAAGACUUCCAUGGCUAGCAGACGGAGGUCUUUGUCCAUGGGAAUGGCGGGGGAAGACGAGCUCCGAGAAGAAGAUGUGUGGUCAGUUGUGAAAGAAAGAGACACUUCAGGUCCUGAAAUGAAAUUUCCAAAAAGUAUGCUUCCUUCUUUCUCUUCCUCUUCUUCUUCGUCUCCAUGGCACUUACCUAGAACAGUGAUUCGGGAGAGAAGCAAGGAAGGGUCAGGGGCAAAACAGUCAUCUGCUCCUGUGAAUGUCCCUGACUGGUCGAAGAUUUAUGCGAGCAAGAGGAACAGCAUGAAGAAGAGUAGUCAUUUGUAUUAUGAUGAUGAUGAUGACGAUGGUCAUGAUGAUAGUACUGAUGAUGAUGUCAUGGUGCCUCCACAUGAAUGGGUUGCAAGAAAGCUGGCAAGAACACGGAUCUCAUCCUUCUCCAUGUGCGAAGGAAUCGGGAGAACACUCAAAGGAAGGGAUCUAAGCAAAGUUAGGAACGCUGUCUUAACAAGAACAGGUUUCUUGGAGUAGCAAACAGAUAUCUCAUUAUCAUACAUGAUAAGUAUCAUGGCGAAUGAUGAUGAUGAUGACGACAACGACGACUGCAUGGGACCCAUGCCAUUUUCUUAUGUUGUCGAAAUUUUAUUGCUUUCACCGUUUUCUGGUCGAUCGUGUAGUUCUAUAGACCAGAAAUAAAAUUUAUUUAGUGGUUCCAUUUCAUUUUCUUUCGCAUUAAAUAUAAAUCGAAUGUUAUGUUACACAUCAACAAUAUAGUUUUAUAUAUUUUUUUUA